CCUGCGCCUCUCGGGGCCAUGGGCUGCUGUCAAGACAAGGACCAUCAGACCUCUGAUGAGCAUGCAAGGGAGGAAGUGACCGACGAAGGUAGGCAAGACAACGAAGUCAAUUUGGACAACGCAGGCCGCCGCAAACAAAGAUCUAACGAAAGUCUUCUGAUCACCGUGCUGUGGCGCAGGCUAUCCAUGUUCAGCCGUCGGGGGUCCUCACGGUCAAGCAAGAGGCUCUCAGACCUGACUCAAAAGCAGGAGAGUCAGAUCCAGGAGCGCAAACGUGAGGGAAGCCACAAGGAACCAGAAAAGGGCUGACUCCAAUCCUGCUCUCGUCCUCCCCAACAUCCAGAGAAUAAAAUUAAUAUUGUGGAUCUGCCGAAAA